CAUUCCCACAAUAAUAUAAUUAAAUUAUUAAAUAAAAUGUUAAUUUAUACACUACUUAUAAGUUCCUUAUUAGUUUUAUCUUACGCCACCACACCCGAAGAGGAACAGGGUGUACGUUAUGCCAACCGCUGUGAGACUUGCAAAAUAUUGGCCACUGAACUGCAGGAAAGACUUAAGGAAACUGGUAAAUCUCAUGAUGUUAUAGAAACUGGCUACUCCCUAGAUGAUGUUAAGCCCAAAAAACGCACCGAAUAUCGUAGAAGUGAAUUGCGCCUUUUGGAAUCUACGGAAAAUGUAUGUGAUCGCAUUUUGGAAUAUAAUCUGCACAAGGAAAGAAGUGAUAGCACCCGUUUUGCCAAAGGCAUGUCACAGACUUUUAAAACCUUACAUGGCCUGGUGGACAAGGGAGUUAAGGUGGAUUUGGGUAUACCCCCAGAGUUAUGGGAUAAACCUCCAGUAGAGGUAACACAAAUGAAGAGUCAAUGUGAAGUUAUGUUGGAAGAAUAUGAGGAUGUCAUCUCGGAUUGGUAUUUUAAGCUGCAGGAUGAAAAAAAUUUAAUAGCGCAUUUGUGUGAAGAACAAGUUUUGGCUGCCAAUGAUAGAAAAUGUCUAAAGGAAUCAUUGCCUUCAGCUGGUGCCGAUGAUGGCGUUAAAAAACCAAAAAAGAAAACUAAAAAGGUAAAAGGAGAUAAAAGCGAUAAGGAGGAAUUAUAAUACAAUAAAUAAUAGCAUUUCCAUUUUAAGCCAUAUAGUAGUAGUAUGUAUAUGAAAUUAUUUUAUUUAUUUUAUUGUACAAGAAAUUUUAUUGCAUUUAUCAUCAUGAACUAUUGCAAAUACCAAAUAAAAACAAAAAAAAAUAUUGUAAUCACUAGAACAAUAAUAAAAGAAAUUUAAAUUUAUA